GACUGUUUACCUUUGCUGUCUGUGUGCAGCCGCAGCCCUGUCACGCUGGCGUGGAGAGGAACAGUUUUUUUUGUGUGUUUUUUUGCUGAUCCCAGCAUCUUUGGUGUACUAAGGGAAGCACCAGCAAGCUCCGCGAUCGCUCCCCUCCUCCUCCACCCUUUUUUUUUUUUUUUCCUUCUCUUCUUUUUACCAAUCGCCAUCCCACGGCAGUCGGGCAGGAGGACACACCCGCACAUUAGGCUCACUGUACCCGGCGUGCACGGCCAAAGGAUGCUGCGGACAACAUGAGGUGAAUAUCACCCACUGUCCCCUAUUGGAGAAGUCUCGUUUUCUUUCUUCUUCUUUUUCUCUGAUGUCCUAUCCCCGCUGCAUGAAGUCAGAAGACCUGACUUGCCGCAGCUGGUUAUUCACCUUCCUGGUACCAGUGUCUCACAUCCAGAUAUGAAGAUGUCAGCAGUCAGACCCUAGGUGGCAUCCUGUGGCCGUCGGGUCUUUACGCUGUCGAGCCCCCUCCCUCGCCUGGCCCAGACUCACUGAAAAGUGCCGGCCCCCUCCCCCCGCAGAAUGACUGUCGCCACGGGCGACCCCUCUGACGAGGCGGCUGCACACCCGGGGCACCUGCAGGACUACGACCCGGAGGCCGACCACGAGUGUUGCGAGAGGGUGGUCAUCAACAUCUCAGGGCUUCGCUUUGAGACGCAACUCAAAACCCUCUCCCAGUUCCCAGAGACCCUGCUGGGGGACCCAAAAAAGAGGAUGCGUUACUUUGACCCGCUGAGGAACGAGUACUUUUUCGACAGGAACAGACCCAGCUUUGACGCCAUAUUGUAUUAUUACCAAUCAGGGGGCCGGCUAAGAAGGCCCGUUAAUGUCACCCUCGAUAUCUUCUCAGAGGAAAUUCGCUUCUAUGAGCUGGGCGAUGAGGCUAUUGAGAUUUUCAGAGAGGACGAGGGUUUCAUCAAGGAGGAGGAGCGGCCCCUUCCCGACAAUGAGUUUCAGAGACAGGUGUGGCUGCUGUUCGAGUACCCAGAGAGCUCAGGUCCUGCUAGGAUUAUCGCCAUAAUCUCUGUCAUGGUCAUCCUGAUAUCUAUAGUCAGUUUCUGCUUGGAGACUCUCCCCAUUUUCCGCAACGACGAGGACGAAAUGCACAAGUCUCAAUCAGUCUAUUCACCCGAGACCAACACCACAACCAUCAUCUACACAAAUGCCUACUUCACCGACCCCUUCUUCAUCCUGGAGACUCUUUGCAUUAUAUGGUUCUCCUUUGAGUUCCUGGUGCGCUUCUUCGCCUGCCCCAGCAAAGCGGGCUUUUUUGGUAAUAUAAUGAAUAUAAUUGACAUUGUUGCCAUCAUCCCUUACUUCAUCACUCUUGGCACAGAGCUGGCAGACCGGCCAGAGGAUGGUCAAGCGGGUCAGCAAGCCAUGUCUUUGGCCAUUCUCAGGGUCAUCCGCUUAGUGCGAGUCUUCAGAAUUUUCAAACUCUCUCGUCACUCGAAGGGCCUUCAGAUUUUGGGUCAGACCCUGAAAGCCAGUAUGAGAGAGCUCGGCCUUCUCAUCUUCUUCCUCUUCAUCGGGGUCAUCCUUUUCUCCAGUGCGGUCUACUUCGCUGAGGCAGAUGAGCCGGAGUCGCAGUUCGAAAGCAUCCCGGAUGCGUUUUGGUGGGCCGUGGUGUCCAUGACUACGGUCGGCUACGGUGACAUGGUCCCGACCACCAUCGGUGGAAAGAUUGUGGGCUCACUCUGUGCCAUCGCGGGUGUGCUGACCAUUGCCUUGCCGGUGCCCGUCAUCGUGUCCAACUUCAACUACUUCUACCACCGUGAGACCGAAGGUGAGGAGCAGGCGCAGUACCUACAGGUCAACGUGGCCAAGGCCGACUCGACGGAGGAGCUGAAGAAGAGCCGGAGCGGCUCCACCAUCAGUAAAUCGGACUACAUGGAGAUCCAGGAGGCCGUGAACAACAGCAACGAGGACUUUCAGGAGGAGAACCUCAAGACGGCCAACUGCACCCUGGCCAACACAAACUAUGUAAACAUCACCAAAAUGCUCACGGACGUGUAGUCAUCCGCUGUUCUCCUCCGCUCGGCAGCGGGGAAUUUGGAUGCCUGAGCAACUGGAUGGGAUGGGUGUACGGCCCUCCCACCUCUCGUGUGCUGGAAAAAUCAAGGCAAUAGAAUUCAGGAUGUUGAUGAUGAUGAUGAUGAUGAUGAUAGUGAAAAAUUAUGACAUUAGACCAUUUACUCACUCUGUGCUCAUCCUGUCGUCACGCUUCACAACUUGCCCUUAAAAACUCCUGAUUACCGUCAAAGACGGUGAAAUCUAAAAAAAAUUGUAUUCUGCAUGGAUUUGGCUUCAUCUGUGUGGCUGUUUAAAAGGGGGGGUGGGUGACUGCUCACUACAGUAGCCAACAGUAGUGCACAAAAAGGAAGAAACACUGCAAGAUAAAAAAAAAAUAAAUAGAUAUUGCUUAAAGAAAGCAGCACAACACAUGGCCUGCUUCAGUCCCCUGCUUCCUCAUUUCCCAAGGCACACUGCUCUGCCCGGCGCUGACUGAACAGCCCUACUUGCUACGCGCUUACAUAUGCUGCUUCCCGGAGCCGAUGAAAACAAAAACUGUCUCAUGCCGCACCGUUUUUAGAUAUAAAGAGGUCGUGUGAUGCAUUAACGCGAGCUCGCUCCCGCGCCGCCGUGGCCCGUGGGUGACUUGUGACGAGGUUUUGUGGUUAAGUUAACACCACGUUAUUGCAAGGAUGAAUGACGGCCGUCGGCGCUCAGCUCAUGGUUCGACACCUUUGUUUCCCAGUAGACAUCAGUAUCUGAUGAAUGACUGAGAAUGGCCUUGACUUUUCACUGCUUUGGUCUUACAUGUACUGUAUGUAUUACAAUGCAAGCCCCCCCCCCCCCAUUCACCCAAACUGGUCUUACUGCAGAGCUUUGAGGACAGCCUGAAUGUUUCUUCUUGUUUUGUUUAUCACAGUUUGACACACACACACACACACACAUUACUUAUUCAUAUAGAUAGGUAGAAUAACUGUGACUGAACUGAUAGCCAUUAGGUAGAUAGGUAGGUGCUAUAGGUAGUAAAUGUAGUCAGUAGAUAAAUGCAUGACAUUUUUUUACCCGAAUGAGAAUUUCCACUUGUUUCUCUCGACUGCCACUCGCUUCAUCGCGCCACUGUAUAUUCGUCUGUACACUGCCUUCUAUACAAACCCACGGUUUUAAAAGUAUCCUCGUGGGUCUCGCUGUCUCAAAACAAAAAAAAAACCUUAAGCUGUAUGUUAGAGGGCUUCUUAAGUAAUAAUCACGAGGCCCAAAAAAAUCCUAUACGCUAACCAGGAUGCGGAGGAGACCUCGUCGAUGUCAACAUUCCACGUAGAAGUCACCGCCGUUCGACGUUUCGCUGCAGCCGAGCUGUGAUUUCAGGCGUGAAACACAGCUCACACUCUUAGUUCUGGACAAUAAUUACCCUCGCAGACGUGAUAGACUUGUAGCGCUGUCUUUUUCCACAGGUGUGUCACACGAUCACGUCCUCGUGAUCCAAAAUAGCAAAACUUGUGUAUAGAAAAUAAUGCCCCCCCCCCCCCCGAACUGCCUUUUUAUCCGGGUUUUAUGCUACUCCCUACUCCCUAGUGUUGCAUGACCUCAAAGACAUUCCUAGAAGCAUGCGUUUAAGCUCAAAGAAGAAGCCUCUGAGACAAAAAAAAUCAAUUGUAAUAGAUAUAUCUAUUUCUUAUAUAUAUAUAAAUAUAUAAAAAUAUAUGUAUACAGACAGAACACAUACAGUACACUAAAAGUUUAGAUAACAAUGUUUAAAAGAGAGAGCCACAAUACGCACAUCAUCGCCAUGUAUUUAUUCUAAAUGAUAAUAUUAAUAACUGUUCUGAGCACUGUUAUAUGUUCUCCCGUUUCAGAGUUCCACAGAAACACUCUUACUAGACAUUUCAAAAGCAUUUUUCUUUACCGGCGAGUUUUCUACCAAACCCGACACGUCCUCCGGAUUUUAAAAACUAGAAGGGCUCGCUUCAGGUUCAAAACUGCCUUUUGGUUCAGUAGUUGUCGAAAGACGGGGGGCGUCGUUCGAAACUCUCAUCACCACAUCAAGAUUUAGAUGGGAGUCUGUCUGGCCCCUCCGCUGAGACGCCUCCGAUGCCAGAAGCUUCAGUCUGCUGUCAGAAGUUGGCAUCGAACGUGAAUUAGCUCCUGAUCUUGGACGGCGUCCAGCUGAGAUUUCCUUUUUCCCGUUUGCUCAUCACGGCCAAGGUAACAGUCGAAGGCAGUAAUGUCAAUAACGGGAAGUGAUAAUUAGCAGCAGUGUAGCAGAUAUUGGCUAACCUGCAGCACAGGGAUCCUCCGACACAGGGAGUCUCCUGCCUUUCUCCAUCUUCUCGUGGAUCAUGUCGUAGGUCGUUAGAAAAGGCGAUGGACUGCAGGAGGAGGUGUGUAGCAAGCAACAGUCCACGUGAAUUCCGUCAUGCCCGGAUGUACAUCGUUAUUCUUAGGGUUUCCCUCUGCUCACUACGGUCUUUACCCUUCAGUAGCAAGAUGUUUUUACGCCAUCGUUGCCAAUGUGUGCUCAGGACGCCUCGUCGACCUGCCUGACGCGAGGCUCCUGAAGUCGUCUCCCUGUCCAAAUAGGUCUCUUGUUUUCUGGAGAAAUUUUAGUAGAUGAACGUGAGCAGUUGUAUUCGACGAUAAAGGUGGACUGGUCAUUGUGAAAAUGGACAGAGACUCGAGGUCAAAAUCAGAUUGAAUUGUUGUUUUAGCAAUAUUCCCAUAAUCCUUUUUGGUGGAGGGGUCUGUGUGAAAAACAUCAUAGAUGUUUAGAAAAGAAAAAAAAAAAGAAUCUUUAUGGACCCUCCACAGUCCAACCAAGAUGUUGUCGAUCAAAGGUUGAUGUGAGCGAGUUGAUGCUGAGCGUGCGUGCGUGCGUGUGAGAGAAAGAACCACUGAAUGUCAGUGUCUUAGCCUAGUUGUACAGCUGCAUUUAUGCAACAGCCAUUUGCAUCAGCAUAUCUGUAUAUGUAAAAAAAGAAAAACACUCAUAGUCUUACCAAAAAUAUUUGUCUAUGCAUGCACAUGCAUUGUAUCUUAUCAUCUUCAUUUUAAUCUAUUUGAAGAGACACUUGUUAUCUGUUCUGUUUUGAAUCGGGCACGUUACUGUACCAUCAGCCAAAGUCACUGUAGCAAAAUCAUCUACCGUGAGACGCGAUGUUGUGGUCAACAAUUUCUGCUUAAAGCACAAAGACGAGUGGGAUCAGACCCUGAUCGGUGCACCUGCACAUUUAACCCGAACAAUGUUUUUACCCGGUGGAAAGAAAAGAUCCCAUAAAAAUCACCUCUCACCUGCUGAGGGACCCACCAGCAAAUGCACUGCACGAGAAGCGUCCCCGACAGUGAAUACACUGAGAAAUCUAUGCAGAGAAUGAUAAUGAGCUGGUAGUAGGGAGGGGCAGAAGGUGCAGACAUUAUAGAUUUUUGUGUUUUAUGCGGCACUGUACUUGUAUGUCGAUCCUGGGAGCCGGCGGACCAUUUGAAACAAACCUUUGAGCAAAAGUGAAAAACACUUAAAAAGACUUUGCAAUAUGCUGCUGCUGUACGUCAAACACUCAAAGGGUUGGUUGGAUGUGAAUUUGAGCUCUCUGGUUUGUUUGAACUGCGAUGGCAGCUCUUUGAGUCGAGGCUCCUGUACGUGGGAGAAACGAGAUGCUCAAUAUGCAAAUCUGUAUGCAUGUGUGUCUGAGAAAGACCAUUUUUUUUAUUUUGUAUUAUUAUUUAUUUCAUUUGACCCCAGAGCCACAUAGUGUGGCCUCCACUGAAACAGUAUGUACAGUUGUUCACCUCACGUGUCCUCCCCCCCCCGUAUCAUAGAGGCCUGAAAAACAUCCAUCAACAUUAGUGGAUAAUGGAUUUUCUUUCUAUGAAAUGAAAUGUGAUAGAAUAAUGUAAAUAGUAACCAAUGGAUGAUGAUGAUGAUGAUGAUGACGAUGGAGAACAAAAAAAACAACAACAAAAAAACACAUGUACUAUAUACUGUAUGUGAAGUCUGGAUUCAAACCGUAGUAUUAUCUGCACUUUACGAGACAAGGAGGACAAUCUGUGGACAUAAGAAAAACAUGUGAAAUUUAAAAAAAAAAAUGCAUAUAAUCCUUCGCAAUGAUCAUAACCCUGACAAAGUAAUAUCAAAAAUGAAGCCGAUAAGAACUGAA